CAAAGCAAAUGUAAUUGAAAUUAAGGAUAAUACUUCAGUAAAACAUGAAUGAUAGUUCACAGUAUGAUGAAAUGUUCAUAAACCAGACAAUGGGUGUAGAGAUUGAAUCAUCCAGUACAGUUAUGACCCUGAUUGUUGCUAUCAUUUACCCACUAAUAAUUAUAUUUAGCACAGUUGGUAACAGUAUUGUUAUAUUAACUGUAACACGUAGUACUGCAAUGAGAACAAUAACCAAUUUAUUCAUAUCAAAUUUAGCUGCAUCUGAUUUAUUAAUGAGUUUUGUAGCAGCACCCGUAACACCAAUUGUAUUUCAUAUGAAAAAUUGGAAAUUACCUACAUUUCUUUGUAAAUUAUUACCUGUUACAAUGGGUGUUAGUGUUUAUGUUUCAACUCUUACCUCAACCGCUAUAGCUGCUGACCGGUAUUUAGUUAUUGUACAUCCAUUUAGAACACGUAUGUCACACAGUAUAUGUGGACUUAUCAUAGCUGGUGUAUGGCUUAUUUCUGUUCUCAUAUCAUUACCAUUGGGAAUUUAUACAAAAAUUGGAAUUGACCCAAGAAAUAAUGAACCAUCCUGUAUGGAAUCAUGGCCACAUCCAUUAUCUAGACCAAUAUAUACAGUCAUAACAUUUAUUCUUCAAUUUGUUGCACCCUGUUUGAUUAUAUCAAUAUGUUAUUAUCGAGUAAGUUGUGUACUACGCUCAAGAGGUUCAACAAAAAUUGGUAGUGGACGUAAAAGUCGUGAAAAAGAAGAACUUGAAAUAAAACGUAAUCGUCGUACAAAUCAAAUGUUAAUAGCUAUGGUUAUUAUAUUUGUUGUUUGUUGGAUACCAUUAAAUGUUCUAUGGAUAGUUGUAGAUAUAAUUGGUGAAAAAGCUGAAGGUUCAGUUUAUUUUCAUCAUACAUUUAUAUUAUGUCAUAUGAUUGCAAUGAGUUCAGCUGUUUAUAAUCCUUUUAUAUAUGCAUGGUUAAAUAAUAAUUUUCGACAAGAAUUUAAAGCUAUUUUUCAAUGUAAUAAUAAAUUCUGUUCUAAAAAUUCAUCAUUAUUAACAACUAGACAACAAACUCAAUCAAAAUUCAUAUCACGUUACACAUAUAAUAAUAAUGAUAAUAAAAAGACUAAAAAUGAUCAUAUGGAUUUUGAUAAUGAAGAAAACAUAAAUAAUCAAUUAAAAAUGCACAAAUCAAUUGACAAACCGAAAGGACAACAUACAAGUUAUAUGACAAUAGCUGACGGUGAUGGAGGUGUAUGGCAAGGACCUGUCUGUAGUGAAAUUAAAUAA